AGUAUGGUGGCUACCACGGAAUAGACUACUCUGCAAAUGAUAUAGCGACAUCUCAUCGGGCCACAUUAAUGAGAUUUUUUGGAAUCGGGUAUAUUAUGGAUGUUGUAUUUAACAUUAAUACUCCGCGAUAUCCUGACGACUCAAUUGUCAAAGAAUUGUUUACUUUUGUUUAUAAUAAUGAUGAAUCAAAAGUGAAAGAAAAUAUAAUAGGGAAUAAUUCAUCAAAUUUCUAUUUAAAUAAAUCCAAAAGAACGCUUCUACAUUUGGCCGCCAGUUCAGAUACAAGAGUAAAUGUAUUAUCAAUUCUCCUCGAUGCUGGAGCAGAUGUCACGAUGCGUGAUGUAUGGGGAAGUACUCCCUUGAUCGUUGCUAUUAUUCACAACGCAAAACAGUGUGUUACAGUUUUAUUAUCUUAUGAGCAAACAUUAAAAUGCCUUUUGAUUGGUGAUAAAAACGGAAGGCUUCCCUUGCACUUUGCAGUUACGAACUCAGACGACAUGUUGUUGAGAGUUUUGGGUAGAAUGAACCCACAGGCACUUACAAUAGAGGAUAAAAGAAAACGAACGGUACUUGAUUUAGCUGUUCUUUGUAAACAGAAAAAGAUUGUUGAAACCUGUUUCAAACUUGCCAAGAAAUAUAAAAUUAGCUUGAAAACAUGGAAUGCAACCAUUCAGGCUUGUAGGCAAUCAUCAGUUGAAAUAAUUAAAAUUUUGCUUGAAGAAGGAAAAGUUGAUUUUCAUGAGUUGUACCUGGAAGUCUCUUCCUGCCCGAUUUCAUCUGAAGUAAGUAAAUUACUAAUGGUGGCUGAUGGAACUGGCUUAGUUGCAAAAUCCGUUCUAAGAGAGUCAAAGUAUAUGGCUAAAUUUGAAAAUGAAGAUUCACUUUAUUUCGGAUUAUUAUCAGGUCAUAUUUCACAAAAACACGUUCCAUCUUUAAAGAACAUUGUUAUUUGGAAAAUUCGGCAGUACUUAAUGCCACUUCAUGGAAAUGUACUGAGAGCAUGUUCUAGAAUUGAUAAAAAUAUUCUGCCAUAUCGUCUUAUAAAUAUGUUAUUAUUACAAGAAUAA